AUGGCUUCACACAUUGGACCGUGGAGAACUGAGGCUCAGGGUCAUCUCCGUCCAGACAGUAAUGGAGACUCAAAGACAGACUACUCCCGCUGGCGGUUGGUCAAUGAUGCUGGUCGCCAGACCUGGCAGUAUCUAGAAUCCGAUAAGGAGAAUGAGGCCUGGCCACAGACAAUUGCAGACAAGUACAAUCUGGGACUUCCAACAGGUCUUCCAGAACUGCCGGAGGCUAAAACACCUCGUGAAGCUGCUGAGAAUGGUCUCUCCUUCUUCUCGCAUCUGCAACUCGAACCCGGCAACUGGGCUUGUGAGUAUGGUGGUCCAAUGUUCCUGUUGCCAGGAAUGAUGAUCACCUGGUAUGUAACCAAGACUCCUAUCCUGCCCGAGUAUGCGACCGAGAUCAAACGCUAUAUCUUUGCCCGCCAAAACCCAGAGGAUGGUGGUUGGGGACUUCAUAUCGAAGCCCACAGCUCAGUCUUUGGCACCGCCAUGAACUAUGUGGCCCUGCGUCUGGCUGGUGUCAAUGAGGAUGAUCCUCGGAUGAUCAAAGCUCGAGGUCUUUUACACAAGUUUGGAGGUGCCAUCUACGGCCCACACUGGGCCAAGGCCUGGCUGAGUAUUCUGGGCGUGAUGAGCUGGGAGGGGGUCAAUCCAGUACCGCCUGAGAUUUGGCUUCUUCCCGACUGGGUACCUUUUGCCCCUUGGCGAUGGUGGAUUCACAUUCGCCAGGUCUUUCUCCCGCUAUCUUACAUCUGGUCCAAGAAGUGGUCACAUCCCCUUGAUGAUCUGACAAGGCAAAUUCGAGAGGAAUUGUACACACAGCCUUAUGAUACAAUCGACUUUUCGCAGCACCGCAACACCAUUCACGCUGCCGACAACUACUAUCCCAAGACCAUGCUUCUGAAUGGCAUCAAUGAAUUGCUUGUCCGUGUGUGGAAUCCGUUCCUCCGCGUCAAAGCUGUCAGCAAGCGUGCCGAGGACUGGGCUUGGGAAUUGAUCCGCAUGGAGGAUGAGAAUACCGAUUACGCGGGACUGGGUCCUGUCAGCAAUCCUUUGAAUAUGGUUGCGUGCUUCAUCCAAGAAGGACCCGACAGCUACUCCGUUCGCCGGCAUCGCGAGCGAUUGAAUGAUUACAUGUGGAUGAAGGAUGAGGGCAUGUUGGCCAACGGCACCAAUGGCGUCCAGGUAUGGGACACCACUUUCGCCACGCAAGCUAUUUCAGUGGCCGGAUUGGCCGAUGACCCCAAAUGGCGACCCAUGUUGCUUAAGGCACUCGAAUUUAUCGAUGAUCAUCAGCUUCGAGAGAACGUACCCAACCAGGAGAAGUGCUAUCGCCAGCACCGGAAGGGCGCUUGGCCGUUCAGCAACAAAACUCAGGGCUAUACCGUGAGCGAUUGUACCGCGGAGGGCUUACGAUCCACCAUUCAGUUACAAAAAAUGCACAACUUCCCCGAAUUGAUCUCUUCGGAUCGGUUGAAGGACAGUGUCGACUGUUUGCUCCUGAUGCAAAACCCGACUGGUGGCUUCACCGAUUACGAGACGACACGGGGCUCGCCGAAGAUCGAGUGGCUGAAUGCUGCCGAAGUUUUUGGUGGUAUCAUGAUUGGCUAUGAUUACCCCGAGUGCACCACCGCGUCGGUGACUGCGCUUUCCUUGUUCAGCAAAUUCUACCCGGACUAUCGCGCGGAUGAGAUUCGAAUCGCCAAGGAAAAGGCUGUUGCCUACAUCAAGCGCGCCCAGCGUCAGGACGGCAGCUGGUACGGAUCAUGGGGAAUCUGCUUUACCUAUGCCGCCAUGUUUGCCUUGGAAAGCUUGGCCAGUGUUGGUGAGACCUACCAGACGAGCGACAACUCUCGUCGAGGGUGCGACUUCUUGAUUUCCAAACAGAUGGAGGACGGUGGCUGGGGCGAGUCUUACCUCAGCAGUGAAAAGCAUGUCUACGUCCAGCAUGAGAAGUCUCAAGUGGUGCAGACGGCUUGGGCCUGUCUUGCUCUUAUGGAGGCUGACUACCCCCACAAGGAGCCUCUGCAACGUGGCAUCAAGAUGUUGAUGUCCCGUCAGCAGCGAAAUGGGGAGUGGUUGCAAGAGUCCAUUGAGGGCGUCUUCAAUCAAUCAUGGUAUGUUCGACCUCCUGAGUCCAACAUUCUCGCUGUGGCACGAUCUGACUUGAAGCUUUGCAGCAUGAUAUCCUAUCCUAACUACAAGUUCUACUGGCCAAUCCGAGCCCUCGGUCUUUAUAGCAAAAAGUUCGGCAACGAGGCGCUUUAG